AACGUCAGUUGCCAAUUGUACUGCCAGCCCACGGGACGCGGGCUUCGUGAAAAAGUGAUUCUAAACUCUCUCUCUCUCUCUCUUACUCUCCCUGCGAUAACAGAUAUCACAGGCACACCUGAAACGUACCUCCUAUACACUCUACGCUUAUUAUCCACGCCUGAGUCAAGAUUUGUCGUUGGGUAUACGUUACAGGUACUGACAAUUGUAACAACGUGCGUAGUUGGUUGAAUUUAGUUUUCAAAUUCGCGGUCUUACAGACGAGUUUUAAUAAUAUAUAUAUAUAUAUAUAGACAUAGUGUUGGUAAAUCGAGUGCUUUUUAUCACCGCAUCGGACGCAUUCUGGAUACAACGUAAUCCGCCUGCGAGUAAUCUAGGAAGGAGGUCAGAAUGCUGAGCAGCUUGGCGAACUACCUGCUGGGGGGUAGUCUUAGCGCUCAUGACGUUCACGAGGAUGAUCCAAACGGGGUAUCGCUCUCCGUUGAGACUAGGCUUAAAGAGGUUGAGGUCGAGGGCGAUGACUGGAUCCUCAUUGACCGUGCUGUUGAGGCCACAACGCCGCUUGAGGAGUCAUGGUACGUGACGCCGCCCGCGUGUUUCACGAGGGCGGGCCCCAUCCACGUGGAGACGUCGCCGCUCGAGGAUCUGCUGAUAGAACACCCGAGCAUGUCCGUUUAUCGGGCAGCGGCUCCCCCGGCUACCCCGGAGACUCCCCCGCCGACGCCCGACACCCCAGCGGAGUCCGAACCAAGCCCGACACCCCCCAACGACGCCGAACCUGCCUCCAGCUUGCCGAGGCAGAGGCACAACCGAGGGGAACAAAUUCAGGAAAAUCAGCAACGCAGGAACGGCAUUCACGAGCACAGACCUGCCAGGGAUGAGGAGGCCCGAGUUGUUCAGCUUCGCAUCGCGCAAAAGGUUCUGGAAAACCGAGCAGCGCAGGUUCUGAAACGUGGCCGUAUGGAGCGUGGCAACAAGGUGAGGGAGGUAGCAAGCGGCAAGGGGAAACGUCCCCGUCGCCAGGACCGCCUGCGUCAGCAAAACAGCGGCGCAAACAACAAUCGCAAGUGCUAGUCGUCUGAUCUCAGGCCAGGGUGCACUCUAGCCCCCCCCCCCCCCCCCCCC